AUGCUACAGAAAUUAUUUAUAAACGGUUUCAAGCGAUCAGCCUUUGUGGCGAGCAGCAAGAAAGCAAAACAGGGACAUGGAGAAACAACAAUGCAAAAAGAAAUACGUGAGUUGUUCCGAUUGUUUGACACGAACAACGACCGGUCCAUAUCAGUGCAGGAGUUGGAAAAAGCGAUGAGGUUUUUGGGAAUGUCACCCACGCAACAACAGAUAACUGACGCUAUGAGGGCAUUAGACUCAAACGGAAAUGGCAGAAUCGAGUUUCAAGAGUUUUACACAUUUAUGCAAGCAGAGAUGACUAAACUGAAUGAAGCAGAUUUCAUAAACAACCAGGAAAUUGUACGCUCAGCAUUCCGGACGUUUGAUAAGGAUGGGAAUGGAUACAUAGACGAGACGGCAUUAAGAAUUGCAAUGAAGAAGCUAGGUGAAGCAUUGACCGACAAGGAAAUGGAUGAUAUGAUGAAACAAGCUGAUGUCGAUGGGGAUGGGAAAAUCAACUAUGAAGAGUUCGUUAAAAUAUGGUGUGAGGCAACUUGA